UCUAUCAAAAUUCAAACAUAUGAUGAUGACUUUCUAAAUUCAAAUCUACUUUGGAAACGUUGAAAAAUUUUCUUAUCAAAAUUAUCGACAAAAUUUACAGCAAUUCACAAAUAACUAUCUAUCAAGGUUUCAAAAUUCUUCAUCCACUUACCUACAAUUCAAGCUUGUUUUUUCCAAACUUAAAAAGAUCCAUCAAAUUUUUAAUAUACACCAGAGAUUUACUGCGUAUCAAUAUGAGAGAAUGUGUGUCAGUACAUAUAGGUCAGGCUGGAGUACAGAUGGGCAAUGCCAUUUGGGACCUAUUCUGUCUGGAGCAUCAGAUCGACCAAGAUGGUAAACCAGCAAAUCCAGAGUCGAAACCUCCAUUCACAGAGGAUCAUGAACUGAACGCAUUCUUCCAGAAGACUGCCAAGGAUAAAUUAGUUCCAAGGGCUAUAUUUGUUGAUCUAGAGCCGAGUGUUAUAGAUUCAAUCCGCACUGGACCCCAAAAACGGCUCUUCAACAGCAACUGGUUACUCUCAGGCAGUGAAGACGCAGCCAACAAUUUCGCUCGCGGCUUCCGCACAGUCGGCUCCAGCAUGUUGCACCAACUUUGCAACAAGUUGCGGCGCAUAACGGAGUGUUGCAACAGUUUGCAGGGGUUUGUUGUGUAUCACAGCUUUGGUGGAGGGACGGGGUCGGGGUUGACUGCAUCACUUAUGGAGGAGUUAGCGGCAGAAUUUGGGAAGAAAAGCAAGUAUCAGUUUUCCGUGUAUCCGGCGCCCACUGUUUCAACAUCUGUGGUAGAGCCCUAUAAUGCUCUGCUUACAACACACUUCUCAAUAGCCAAUUCAAAUUGUGGAUUCCUAGUGGAUAACGAAGCCAUCUACGAUAUUUGCAGGAAGAAGCUUGAUAUCGAUCGCCCCCACUACACCAACCUCAACCAGCUAGUCAGCCAGAUAGUAAGUUCAAUGACAGCCAGCCUCCGUUACGGUGAUUCCCCGCUCAACGUAGACUUGUGCGAGCUGCAGACCAACCUGGUUCCCUUUCCACGCAUCCACUUCCCCCUAGUCAGCUACGCCCCCUUUGUGGCCCAGGAGUGUGCCUAUCACCAGAAUGUCUCCACGCAAGAUAUGACUGCCGCCUGUUUCAGGGAGGAGAGUCAGAUGGUCAAGUGCAACCAGAGCAGUGGCAAGUACAUGGCGUGUUGCAUGCUCUACAGAGGAGACGUGAUGCCAGGUGACGUCAAUGAGGCGAUCGUACGCAUCAAAAAUCUGCAAAAUGUGCAAUUCGUCGACUGGUCCCCCACCGGCUUCAAAGUGGGCAUCAACUAUCAACCACCUGUCACCAUGCCUGGUGGUAAUUGUGCAAAGGUUAACCGCGCCCUCUGCAUGUUGAGUAACACAACAGCUAUAGUGGAGGCAUGGGAAAGUUUGAGUCGCAAGUUUAGAAUGAUGUACUCGAAAAAGGCAUUUGUCCAUUGGUUCCUGGCGGAAGGCAUGGAGGAUUCAGAGUUCAUGGAUGCCCAGGAAGACAUGUAUGUUUUGGAAGCAGAUUACCGACUUUUGAAUGAAACUGAGAAUGAGAUUCAAACAGAAAUCUAGAAAAAAAGACAGAAUAUAUUUUUCGGUGCUUGAAGAAAUCAUUUAAGAAGCUUGUUGUAAUAAUGGAUGGCCAAUGAUGAUAUUCAAUGAAGAUAUUGACAGAAUCAUAAUAACACAUAACCAUCAAAACCUUUGAAUACAGAAAGCUCCUCAAGGAAUUUAAAACAAUCACACUUCAGUGGUGGAUUAAAAUAAUUAACACAUCCACUUAUUUUAAGAAUAUAAUAAUAUUAUAAUAAAUGUAUUAUAUUUUGGAAUUGGAAAAAAUCAUGGUUUGAAAAUAUUCUUUUAUGAGUCUUGUAGAGGACUAAUUUCAAGAAAUUGAUGAAAAUUAAGGAGUUAAUUUAAUUUUCCCAAUCAAAUUCUAGAUCAACCGUCAAAGGAUUGAAACAACUUUAAAAUGUACUUUUGAAAAUUGUAAAAGAAUUCAAGAAAUGAGAAAAUAUCAGAUCCAGCCAGUCACUGUAAAUUUGUUCUUCAAUUCUCUGGAAUGUUUGACAAAAAAUUCAAUGAAGAAUGUGAAGAAGUGAGGAUGGUUGUCUCGCAGUAGGGAAGCGGCGGAAAUAUGGAAGAAAAUGAAAAAGAAAAGAGCGAAAAAUAAUAAAAGAUAGUUUGAGAGAGAGUGAGAAAGAGAGAGAGAGGAUGAGUGAGAAAGAGAGAGAGAGAGAAGUGGCAGAUCACGACCUGCGGGGUCAUACUUCAGCAUCAGUAGCAUCUUAGAGGGUGAUUUCUACAGUAUUUCAGUGAUAAUUGCUCUCCCUGUUUGCAAGAUAAAGAGCCGUCUUACGAGAUGAUGGCUUGUCAGCAGCCGAAGAUUAGAAAGAGGUAUAAAUCUGUUCGAAAUCAACUUGAAUAAGUUUGAGUUGACAGAAAAAUCAUGUCAAAUUCUACGACUGUGGUGAAUCAAGAGGAUAAACAACUACACCCCUCAAAUAAUAUACAAAUUUACAACAGCAGUCUUGCUUCAUGAACAAUGUUCCAUCAUUUCUGAAUAAUUCUUUUCCAUCCUUGAUAAAUUAAAGUAAUAAUUUUGAAUUACCUGUCUUGAUUAUAAUAAUAAUUCUUUUCCAUCCUUGAUAAAUUAAAGUAAUAAUUUUGAAUUACCUGUCUUGAUAUAGAAAUAAAUGUUCUGCCAUGAGUGAAAUUGAUUUACAGUAACUGUAAAUGUCCUGUGUCAAUUCUAUUUGUGAUGUCUCAAAUUUGGUACAUGUUUUUUGUGUUGUCCAAUUAAAUUAUUGAACACUAA